CUUUUCAUCAACCAGCCUUAUCCUUUUCAUCACCCUCAUCCAUUUUUUCCAGCUGAAACACUAUUUCCGGUCAACUCUCCAAACUCUACAAAUCUGCCCCCCCCCACUCCUUAUGCUUCUUCAAUUUUUGGGAGCAUAAUCUCUUCAUACUCCUCCACUUUAAUGGCGGAAUCCGGCGGCGGUCCCUUCUUCAGCUGCAGAAGUUGCCAUAAUCCUCUUGCUCUUCGUGACGACCUCAUCUCCAAGAAAUUUCUGGCAAAAUCAGGGCCGGCAUACAUGUUCUCUCAUGCAAUGAACGUCAUUGUGGGACAAAAGGAGGACAGGAAGCUCAUAACUGGUGUUUUCUCAGUUGCUGACAUCUAUUGCAGCAACUGCGGCCAGGUCUUAGGUUGGAAGUACAUUCGAGCUUAUGAGCAGACUCAGAUGUACAAGCAAGGGAAAUUUAUAAUCGAGAGAGCAAAGAUUUCUAAGCAGUACCAAUAAAUCCCCCCAUGACGCAUGACAAGAGUCGGUGUCGUGAUCCUUUUACUCUAUAACUUCCGCUAAAAUAAUUCGAUUUUCGAAGGUUUACGAUCGUUUGGGGAUAAUUUGUGCUUCUUCUUGUUGAUUCUCUGCAUAUGUUCAGCAGAAACUAAUGUUAGUAAUAUAUGGACUUGAAGGUUGAUGAACCCCAUUGGUGAAGUUCUUUGCUUUCAUA